AUGUAUUUCAAGCUUGGACCGCCAAUUGAUAAAACAGUUAUACUGACAAUUGAUGCAAAUGCAACGAUUUCGCAAGUAAAGCAUAGUCUUUCAAAAAUUACACUUAUUCCUGCAGAAUGCACUCAAAUUAAGUUUAAUGAUGCUGUUUUAAAGCAGAAUAAAAAGGUAAAAUCAAUAAAAUCUUCUGAAGAACAACCUUUAAUAUGUGAUUUUUAUUUUAUUAAAGGAGAUAACCCUAAAGAUUUAAAUGAACCUCCACCAGAUUUCGUUAGAAAGGUAGAGUUCAUUGCUAAUAUGGGCUUUAAUGUUAGGGAUGUUUAUGCCGCCUUAGUACAAGAAAAUUAUGACAUGGAACAAGCUCUUUCAACAUUACAAACAAAAUCUGUUAUCAAAACUCCAAAUAUCCCAGAUACCGAAGAAGUUCCAAAAUUAACACUCGAGGAGAAUAUUGAACCACAAGAAACUAAUAAACAAAUUGAUUUAAAUUAUAUUGCUUCUCGCGUCAGUGAUUUAAUAACUACUACAUCUUCCAAUGAACCUGUUCUUACAAUUACUGAUGAAUUACCUAACAUUGAAGAUAUAACGGAUUUCAAACAAUUAAUUCGCCAUCUUAACGCUCAUUUACCUGAUUAUACGUUAGACUCGAAGGCCUUGGUCAAAGAAUUCCGUGAAAAGAAUGGAGAUUUCGAUGAAUUAGCUGCAUCUUUUCCUGGAUUUACGAAGGGAUAUUUGAACUGGGUCCUAAAUACCAUUGGAAGGAAGAUGGCAGGAAGAUUAUCAAAUCCAACCAAAUGGACAGUUGAUGAAGAAAGAUUUUUACUAGAAAUGUACCAUCUCGGCGUUGUUGGCAAGAAAGUUGAUUUAGCAUUGAAUAAGAAGCCGAAUGAAUCCACUCACAAGUGGAAAAGUAUCAGAAAAUUCUUGAAUAAUACUCAUUUACUUGAAUGCUUUACAAGCGGAGCUCCAAACUGCAGUAUUUUCGAUGCUGUUUAUGAUGAACAUGGAUUGCCAAGGUAUUUGAUCAAUCUUUGUAACAUUAUCAAAUUUAAUGGAGUUAUUACUCAAGAUACAGCUUGGAAACUUAGAGAUAAAAUCCAAGGUCCUGAAAAAAUCGAUGGAGCACAUUUCUUUACAAAACCGGCUCAAAAUCCUUCGGUCAUCACCACAAAUCCACCUCCACCUCCUCCUCCGGCAGCCGCUGAAGCUGAACCUAAGAAAGAAAUCAAAGAAGCAAAGGUAACAACAAUAGAAAUACCAAUCCAGAAGAACCAAAUUUAG